CCAAACAAAACCCCUUCUACAAGUCUGUAGGAUAUCGACAAAACUCUCGAAAUGGAGGAAACAAGUCGGCAUCCUACUGAAACUGCGUAGGCGAGCGAUUUCCAUUCACGAGCUUUAUCUUUGAGCUUUACCAACGGAUGCAAUGACAAUGGGCAGGACAAGACUGUAGCGAAGAACUGAAUGGAAACACGUCCAACCCUAACCCCGCGAAAUUACUGGCAGACAUUUUCUCCAGUUCACCAUGACGGCAUAAUGCGAAAGUGAAGAACCAUCCCGUCCACCUUCGAGAUCCCGGAACUGCUGCCGAAUCCACCAACCUCCAAGCCCCGAGACAAGCACCGAUUCCCGUCAGCUUUCCGGCCCGAGCAACAUACCCCGACCAAUGGCUUGCCCCAGCUGCAGAUCCGGCCUCGGCCUCCUCCUCCCGAGAGGACCGGCCGCAUCGUCGACCCUGCGCCAGGGUCUCUUUGCCGAGAGCACCACUCCCCUCGCCUUGCGCGCCGCGCUAUCCUCCUCCUCCUCCCAGUCCAGAAACACCACCGCCAGCAGGAGAAGCACGAACCUCCAACAACAAUCUCGACGGAUACACACAACGCGCCAAUGCCGUGCUGAAGGCGGCGGCGAGAGCGGCGGCCUGGCCGGUGGCUUCCGCAAGCUUCUGGCAUCCGUUGCCGGCAACCAAAGCUCAUCCUACAUCGCCUAUGGCGCUACCCAGCGCAUUUACAAGGACUGCGCCAAGCAGGCGGACUAUACCAUCACUCCCGAGGACAGGAAAGCCGGAAGGGUUAAGGAAACGGCGGAUGGAGAAGAGAUUGGUGUUGGUAACGGGAGCAUUUGGCACGAGAAAUUCGGCCUCCUCCCAACCUUCUCAACCUGGGCCCACGUAACCAUGCUCCACCUCUACCUCGUCGUCGUCCGCCUGCGCUGCCUCGACAAGGACGCCCACGCCACCUGGCAGGCCCAGCUGGUCGACCACUUCUUCCACCAGGCCGAGGAGAAGAUGGACCGCACCCACGACAUGUCUUCGCGCGUCAUGCGCCAGCGCUACCUGCAGGACCUGUUCGUGCAGUGGCGCGGCGUCGUUAUGGCCUACGACGAAGGGCUGGUCAAGGGCGACGCCGUUUUGGCUGCUGCCGUGUGGCGUAACCUGUUCAAGGCGAGCGAGGAUAUUGAUGCUCGUACCCUGGCUGCUAUUGUUAGCUGGAUGCGCAGCAGCUUGAAGUAUCUGGAUUCCAUGGAGGAUGCUGGUUUGGCGCUUCAUCCUACCCUGUUCAAGAAUAAGCCCGAUGCUGAGUUGGCGGUGGUGGAUAAGCUGGUCCCGGCGCUGGAGAGUGGUCAGACGAGUAAGGGUGCGGCGGCCGAUGUUGAGGGUGUUUCGGCGGCAGGACAGGCUGAGGUUAAGGCGUCGCCUCAGGUUUCGGUAACAGGCCAGAAGGGCGAUUCUAAGUCCCAGAAGCCGAAGGCGGCGCCCAAGUUCAAGACUGCUGCUUAAAGUUGGGACGUAGACUAAGAGACGGCAUAGUGAACUGGCGAGUGAGAGAGACUGUACAAAAUACCUUGUAUCAUAGCAAGCAUAUUGGGAAUUCCCUAAGCAAAAGGGAGCAGGACGGGAUGGAUGGAUGGAUGGUCACAUGUAAGGGGAACCUAAAAGUGCUACAAAAAGCACAGGAUGUAUAUAUACCACUCAAAGUUUGGGGAAUCAAAAAGGCUCAACAUAACUCGCUC